AAAUAAAUUGAUUUAAACCGCCACUUAGAAGAAGACGGAGAAAACAUUCAUGCUGUAAACGUUUUAUGACUUUCACUUAUAAUAUUUAGUUUAAUUCCAAUUUGUAAAUUUCAUACUACUGACCCGUCCCUUAGUAAACAUGGCGGGAAACAUCAAAGAUAAAGAAGCAUACCAGCGCCUUAACUUCCUCUAUCAGGCGGCUCACUGUGUUUUGGCGCAAAAUCCACAAAAUGUUGAAGUGGCAAGAUUUUACUGCUUUACUCAGAAGACCAUCUCCAAACGACUGGUGCUGAGGCAAGAUCCUUCAGUGAAGAGAAGCAUUUGCAAGAAGUGUUGUACUUUAUUGAUACCAGGUGUCACAUCAACUGUGAGACAGAAAAGUGGACCCAGAGGACAGCGCAAGACAGUCGUGCGAUGUUUAAGUUGUGGACUGACCAAACGAUUUCCAAACAACCCAAAGUAUAAACUAUGGGUGGAUCAACCUGAAGCUCAGCUUGAAAACCAGACCCCACAAGAUGCUGGUGCUUCAUCUAAAUCCACAACCCAAGGAAAAAAGUCAAAUGUCAAAAGUGGUCCAGCUUCCACAACAGAGAAGACUACAGUUUAGACCAAUCUGGCUUGUGAAAGCUGAACCCAUUGGUUACUAGCGCCUUGUCAAAGACAUUAUAUACAUCGCUAUAAAUACAUACAUUUUGUCAAUUUUGAAAAUUCUUCAUCCAGUCUUCAAAUAUUUAUUAUAUUAAGAAGUUAAGUGCAAUAUGUUAGAAAUUAACACUUGAAGUCACUUUAAAUUGCAAUUUGAAACAGAAACAUUUGCUUUAAACUGCAAUAAAGUGGUAAAGGUUUACUCUGGUAUAAUCUCAAACGCUUCUGUUCCUAAAGCAGUUUUUUACAUUUAUUCUUUGUGACUUUCAUCAAAAGAAGGCAUUUGCAUUUAUUACCCUCAAGCGCAAGGGAUCCUGAAAUGAAGUGUUGGCUUGAGUAACUGAGCUGUUUUUGAUAUUUGCAUUGUUGUCCAGAUUAUCAUUUACAAGUGUACUUAAAUGCGUUUCCUCAUUUUAGCUAAAUAACUUCAAAUUGCUUUGGCAAUUUGUGCACAAGUGUUUCCCUCCGUGUAAUGAUUUCUUGAUGUUCGGCUCUGUGCUGCAUACCCAAGUUGAAUGUAAAAGUUUUGAUAUUCCUGCAUUUGAUGUUUAUGAGCGUAACAAAAGCCUCUCUGUGCAUAUCAAUGCACGAUCAUAAAUUAUUAAAAUUUCCAUGCAACAUCCGACACAGAUAAUAUCUCGUAUUUUCAAUGCCUUUGCAUAUUCAUCUUUGUACCUUGUAAAUAAUUUAUAAGUGAUAUUAAGACAUUUAUUCACAUGUUUGUGUAAUUCAGCCAGUGCUGAUGUUGUUAAUUGGAUGGGCUAUGGAUCGUGUCUAAACACAUUACAACGCUUCCAUCCCAGGGAGAUCUAUGGGAUGUCAAUAAGGCAGAGACACGAAGUACCAAGAGGCUUCAUCUAAGUCGAAGAGCUUGAAUUAAGGAACUGAAUGUAUUGCCCUAAGGGCCGGGACACGAUGCAGAGGAAGACUGGAUUUAAUUCAAUUUGCAUCGUAUAGUGUCAGCGGGAGUACAUUAGAAAUUUUAAAUUGUAAUAUUUUCACAUCCUUUGCUGUAUCGAAGAUAGUUUGAGGUGAAUGAAAGUUUAAAGGAAGAUUUAGAUCUAUUGGAUGUGGGGUUUUGGUUCUGUAAAACAUUCUCAUUUUCCUAUUAUAGAUGUCUUGGCAAAUAUAAAACAUUGAACUUAUAGUUUGUAAAGGUAGAAGUCAUUUUGCGAAUGUAGAGGUGAAUUUACAUAAUUUUGCCUUGAGUGGACAUUAUUAGGCAUGGGACGGUUACUAGUUUCAAGGUAUACGAAGGUUUUAAACAGUCAAGGUUUCAAAACCACUAAAAGGUUCUGUGAUACCGUCUCCAAGGUAUGAACUAUGUUAUACAAGAUUCAUUAAAUAAUUAAAUCAUAGGAUAAAUUUGAUGUUUACAUUUAAUAUACAUAACGAAAAUAUUAUUUCUUUUUUGAAAGCAUAUUCUAAUUUAAAGGCUUUAUUUUUACCUGAAAUUUGAAAAUAACACAUUUUAGUGUUGCAAUGGCAAUACCGCAACACCGUGAAACCGUGGUAUUUUUGCUAAAGGUUAUUGUACCGGCCCAUGCCUAGUGGACAUUGUUUGUUUUUGACAAAUUGUAAUGCCAAUAUGUUUUUUUAAGUAGUGUUUAAACUAAAGCAGCAAAAUAUUUAUUUAUUGUACUGCACUGUCAAACAUUUGCCACCUUUUUUAUUUUUAAGCACUACUUAAAUUGGAUUUCCAAGUCAUUUCAAUUUAUAAUUUCAGUUAUUUUACAUUAUUUACCUAAUUAAUUUCAGUAAGCAUUUUCAACUUACCGUAUUUUUACGAUUUACAGCACAAUAUUUGCAGCAUUUUUGUCAAAUCAACAAAUAUUUUUCAUGUUACUUUAACUUAAAAAUUAAGUUAAUCAAUUUCAACUUGAAUUUAUGAGUUAUGUCAACUUUUUAAGUCAAAACUUAAAAUAAUAUGUUUAAUUGACUUGCAAAACCAAGUUGUUUUAACUUCAUGCUGCAUAUUUUUUACAGUGGCCAAAAUUAAAAAAUCUUAAAGGCGGGGUGCAUGAUCUCUGAAAGCCAAUGUUGACAUUUAAAAUCACCUAAACAAACACGCCCCUACCCCAAUAGAGGGGCUGUCCACACGGAGACGCGUAUCACCGUAUACGAAUAAAUUUGUUAUCGUAUUGGCGUUUCAUCCACACGGAUCCGGCGUUUUGGGAGACUGAAUCCGCUAUUUUUCUAAACCGGGUCCUAAAGUGGAUAAAUCUGAAACCAACACCCUUGCGGUUUCGUCUGUACGGCCAAUCUGUAUAUUUUGUGAAGCGAAAACGUCAUCACAUCACGUGUCGGAAGCGUCACACGUAACAGCAACAACAAUAACGGCGGACUACGUGAUUGUGUUCGUGCUACAGAAGCUACUAAAGCCUACUA